AUGGCGUUCUCGUCAUCGUCGUCCGAAAGUAACUUCAGCGCACCGAGGUCUGUUCGCGAUGCAGCGUUUACUGGCAUCAGUAGCCCUUCGGAAGCGGACAGCCACGGCAAACGCCCAGCAGGAGGAGGCUUUCAAUUCGACAUCAUCGCGUGGUUUCCCAAAUAUCAAAGCUGUCAGCGCUAUUUUAUAGAUCAUGCCCAGCACGAGCCGCUUGUCCAGGCGUUCGCGUCAUUUAUCAACAUUCUGCUCCCGUUCCAGCGUCAGCCGCAUCCUGUCUACACCACGUCCGGAUCUCGAAGUGGGAAAGCGCGGCUGGAUAGAGAUGCAGUAAGGCCUUCUGCUUCCGAAGCAACUGCCGCCGCCUCCGCUGUAUCUCUCAUUCCAUAUCUGCGGCGUCUUGUGGUCACGGGAAUGGAUGUGCCCCAAGUCCUGCACGGAUUUUUCGGCGACGACUGGAGAGCUGGGAUUGGGCCACAACGAGAGCAAGAAAGAAGGAACUACCUCUUUGCCGCCAAAAGUGGCGGGUGGGCGGCGGUCAAAAGAGACUAUGACAUACCCCCCUUGGAGACGGUACCCUUCAUGCGGCCGCUGUAUGACCCUACUGACGCCGAGGUUGAGGCGGCCGAGAGGACCUGGAGUGAGUGGCUAGCCCUUGAAGAUUGGAUGGUGGGCUCGCGUGCGCCAGAUGACGGUGCGAAUGAUAUUACAUAA